AUGGCCAACUCUACCGCACUGAUUGUCACACAUGCUGGUGCGCCUUUUCGCCUGGAGAGCAUCAACCGAACGCCCCUACAGGCUCGUGAAGUACUCGUUAGACUGAAAGCCACCGGCGUUUGCCAUACGGAUAAUGCAGUGCGAACAGGAAAACUGCCUGGAGCUUUCCCACUUGUCCUUGGUCAUGAAGGCGCUGGUGUGGUCGAAGAAGUCGGCAGUGCCGUGAAAAGCGUGAAAAUCGGAGAUCACGUUCUCCUUUCUUACGCUUUCUGCAGGACCUGUGGCACUUGCAAACAGGGAAAACCGUAUGCCUGUGUGGAAAUGGAGAGGCGCAAUUUCAGUUGCUCACGACCGGACGGCAGUUGUCCAUUACAGUGGGAGGGGCUCGAUGUUCAUGGAUGUUUCUUCGGCCAGUCAUCGUUUGCGAAUCCCGCAAUCGUCCAGGAGUCUUCGUGUGUGCCAGUAGACCCGAGUCUGCCAUUGGAAAUACUGGCACCCUUGGGCUGCGGCAUCCAAACGGGCUCUGGGACAGUGUUCAACAUCAUCAAGCCUGUCGAGAACGAUACAAGGUCAUUGGUGGUCUUUGGGCUUGGAGGGGUGGGUUGCGCUGCCAUCAUGGCGGCUUCGUACCUUGCAAAGCAGAACCCAGGGGUUCUAGAUGUCAUAAUCGCGGUGGAUCUCAAAGCCGAACGCUUAGAGCUCGCCAGGCAGCUCGGAGCCACGCACUCUAUCAACGGACAAGAACACCAAUCGGAUCUCAUUGAAGAAAUACGCCGCAUCACUGGCGGUGUUGGAGCUGACGCUGCAGUGGACUGCACUGGAGCGUUGUCAAUCAUUAACGACAUGAUUGUUGCACUGGCUCCUUGUGGUAGGGCCGUGACUGUAGGUGCGCCUCCCCUGACGUCGAAAAUGUCCAUUGAGGUAUUUCCCUUCAUCAACGGGUGUAAAUCUUAUCGUGGAUCACACCAGGGGGAUAGUGUUGCCAGAAAAUUUCUUCCAUUUUUAGCCGAUCUCUACCAGAAGGGUGAAUUCCCGAUCGAUCAAAUGGAACGCUCGUACCCUGUUGGCGCCGUCAAUGAGGCUGUCCAAGACAUGCUAGAUGGGAAAGUCAUCAAACCAGUCUUGAUAUGGUGA